AUGUUAUUUACCAAGUAUCACGCGGGUCAACUUUCAACCAUCACCCUAAGAACAAAAGCAACUAUUGAAAAUGCUGGUUCGGUGUAUACCCAAAUUGAGAAACUUCUUGACUUUUUGACCCGAGGAGGACCAAAUGCCUAUUAUCAAUUUUGUGAAGCACUCAAAGAAAAUAACCAGGAGUAUAUUGUAAUACAUCUUGAGAAUAAAACUGCUGAUGUGGAAUUGAAAUUGGUGCAUGAAGAAAAGGACACUGAUGAAUUUAUACAGCUAGUGGAAGUUCCUAAUCCACAGUUGCCAACUAAAAGAUACUAUAGCAUGUCAAAUUUGCAUCCCUCAAACAGAAAUGGCAUAGAAACACGAUAUGUGUUAAAACAUUUUAUAUCAGUCCCUGAAAAUUCCAGUCGACAAAAUUUGGAUUUCAUUCCUACCAAGCUGAGCAAACGUGAGCUUAUUGAUACUUAUAACCCCGGUGAUAUAUCCAGUUCCAAGAAGCAGAGGUUCAUGGACGAUUCUAACUUACAAGAUGACUACAAUUCUCACAGUAAAAUAAGUGAAAUAAUAGUCACCAAAGUUAAACGUAAAUUUUACUUUGAUCACUACAAAAAGGCAUAUGUGAUGAACUCUAUACCUCGUGGGCAAGCAUUGAUAAUUAACAUCAGUCAAAUUGAUGGGAUGAAGCCUCGUAACGGAAGUGAUAUUGAUACUUUAAACCUCCGUGCCUUGCUACAACAGCUUCAUUUUGAAGUGACUGUUUAUGAUGGGGAGAAAAUGACAGCUAUGAAUAUAGAUCGCAAAGUUUAUGAAUUUGCUCAUUUAGAGGAACACAAAUCUGCAAAUGCUGCUGUAGUCUGUUUGUUAAGCCAUGGAGAUGAUGGUCACAUAUUUGGAUCGGAUGGUCAACAACUAGAACUUAAUAAGAUCUUCACUUAUUUUGACAAUGCUAACUGUCCCAGCUUGCAAGACAAACCCAAAAUUUUUAUCAUUCAAGCAUGUCGAGGAGCCAAUGUUGAUCAUCGAACAAAAAUGGGGGACCUGACUCCACCUGUUGACGAAGCAGAUGGACCACAUACAUUUUCAAGUGCUUCCUCUCUAAGGUGGGCACCUUCAAAAUCGGAUAUGAUUAUAUGUUAUCCAACUCAACAAGGUUAUCGAGCUUGGCGCAAUCGUGAACAGGGCAGUUGGUUUAUUCAAGCGAUUGUCAAAGUGUUCAUGCAAUAUGCCUGCUGUGAAGAUAUCUGUGCCAUGAUGAACAGAGUUAACAAUAUGGUGUCACAAAUGGUAUCUGUUUGUGCCAAUGAAAACAUCAAUGGAACCAUGCAAAUGUCGGAAUUUGAAAGCUCACUUAGAAAGCCCUACCUAUUUUUCUUCCCUGGGAUUGGAUCUAAACCAUGGCAUCAGUUCUAA